GAAGGAACUGAAAUGCCAUCGAAGUUCUUUUAGACUAAAUUUCGAUUUUCUAUUCCUAGUUCAGUUCCUAUAUUGAUUACUCAGUCUUCUCUGUUACUAAGUUAUUAGUGAUUUUGAAAACUUUCUCCAAUCUUGUUGUUAUAAACAAGAGGGAGCUCAUAUCUUAUAGUCCCUGAACUUCUUAUGGCAGGUUUGGGAAGGUGAACAGGACGGUACUAAACAAUAUUAAAGAAGGAAAACAAGUGAAUAUUUAGUUCGUUCGACUGUAUAUUGUAUACCAAACAUAACCUUAAUGUUUUUCCAGCUUGAAUCCCCAUCACUGCCUCCAAAUAUUUUUGUUUUUAGUGAAAAACAUUAUAAUGUUUCAGCAAGAAACUUUUCAAAAACAAGUGAACUCGCAUGGUUUUAUUCCCCUGUGCUGCUGUUUUCUGCUUGUAUUUCUUUAAAUGGACUGUUUUAUUGUAGGAUGUUAUAUUUGAAGCUUGUUAUUGAUUCAAUUUAAAGUGAGUAAGCAUAAUUCCAUACUCGAUCUCAAAGAUACAUAUAGAAUUAUGCGGAAAGCCAUAUUUGAUGGAAGUCGUAUGUACGGAUAUUUGUCAAGAUAAUAGAAGUAUAAAGGAAAGUUUAUUGCCAAAAAGUUGGCACUGUAGAGUAUUCUUCUCGAUUGUUAUAUCUGUUGGUUGGCUUUGUUCUGUUCUUUCAUUUAUGCACAAGGUUUUCAUUCAUGCUGUCCAGUGUUGCUUCAUUUGCCCUAUAGCUUCAGUUGUUGCAUUUAGUUUUAGUUUAUUUUUCUCCUGUAAUUGCAGAUGGGGCGGAAAAGAAAUACUAAGAUGCCCCCGAAGAAGGAAAAAUCCGAAUCUUCUUCAUUGGGCAAUUUUAGUUUAGAUGCUAGGAAUCUAAGAAAUCAUGAACUAGGUGCGGUUGUAUUUGGUUGCAAGCAUCACACGAUGGAUGAAUGCCUAAGUAAGAAGUUGUUUGGUUUACCAGCUCGACAUUUCUCUUAUGUGAAGAAUGUCAGCACUGGCUUACCGCUUUUUCUCUUCAACUAUAGUGAUCGGACACUCCACGGUAUCUUUGAGGCUGCAGGCCCUGGACGGAUGAAUAUCGAUCCAUACGCAUGGAUUGCGAAUGAGGGAACUGAAAGAACUGCCUAUCCUGCGCAGGUGCGAGUCAGUGUCCGAAAAAGGUGCCAGCCUCUGUUUGAAGACAAAUUUGGACCUGUAAUUGGUCAAAAUUACUAUGAAAGGCGGCUCUUCUGGUUUGAGUUAGACAAAGGACAGACACGGAAAUUGAUCGAGCUGUUCUCCUCUUCACCAAUGCCUCAAAAUAUUCCUCGUUCGCCAACCACUCGUAUCUGCCAUGCAUUGCCCUCCAGCGUUGUAGCCAAGCCAGCUGACAGAAUCGAGAAUCCAGUCUUAGAAGACGUAAUUGGUGGAAAUUUGUGUUGUGUUUCGCAUGAUCAAGUUUCAAGACUGUCUGAUGCAAUCUGGAAAGAGAACACCAACAAGAAGUGGAGCGAUUUAUUCAAAUCCUGAUCAGCUUCUGGCUUCUGAUCAGCUGCUGUAUAUUGCUGAUCUAUAUACUUACGUUUUGGAUGUAUUCCUUUUUGGCUAACCUUGCAGAUGCUGCAGUAUGGUGUCCAAGGGUAGUAAAUAUAAUAACUGUGUGCGCUUUUGUGAAACUCUAGUACUUCCUGUUGAGUAGAGCCUCGACAAGGGAUCAUCUAAUUAGCUCGAUACUGAUAUCUUCUACUCUUUUCCUUGUGCAUUUGUAA